AUGUUUCGCCGCAUUACCCCGCUACUGUCAGAGUUCAACUUUGUGCCACUGGUGUCCAAGGUGUCGCACAAGGAGACCAAAUACCGUCUCUUGACGAAGGACCAUGUCUCUGUGGUGCAGCCCGGUGCCGGACUGCCGGAGAUGCUGAAGGUGGACCCGGCUGCACUCACGUUGCUGUCCUCCGUGGCGUUCGACGAUAUAGAGCACCUGAUGCGCUCCUCGCAUCUGGCGUCACUGCGCAAAAUCUUCGAUGACCCCGAAGCGAGCGACAACGACAAGUUCGUAGCGCUGCAGCUACUUAAGAAUGCAAACAUCUCCUCGGCCCGUUUGCUGCCCGGCUGCCAGGACACCGGAACGGCCAUCAUCUCGGGCCACCGUGGCGAGCAGGUGUUUGUGCUCGGCAACGAGGAGGAGGCCCUCAGCCGUGGUGUGUACGAUAUCUUCCAGGAGCGCAACCUCCGCUACAGCCAGAACGUACCGCUCAGCAUGUAUGACGAGAAGAACACCGGCACGAACUUGCCAGCCCAGAUUGAUCUGUACGCCACCAAGGGGAUGGAGUACAGCUUCUUGUUUGUUGCGAAGGGGGGCGGCUCGGCAAACAAAUCGUUCCUGCUGCAAGAGAGCAAGUCGGUGCUCAACCCCAAGUCGCUGCGUAAGUUCCUCAAGGAGAAGCUAGCCAUGUUUGGCACCUCUGCCUGCCCGCCGUACCACAUCGCCGUCGUCAUUGGUGGCACGAGCGCUGAGAUGACGAUGAGGAUGGUGAAACACGCCUCCUGCCACUACUACGACGACCUGAUCACGAAGCCAGACAUGAAAACAGGCUACACGUUCCGCGACCUCGAGCUGGAGAAGGAGGUACUGGAGAUCUGCCAGAACAUCGGGAUGGGUGCCCAGUUUGGCGGCAAGUACUACGCCCAUGACGCGCGCGUGAUCCGCAUGCCUCGCCAUGGUGCGUCCUGCCCUAUCGGCAUAGGUGUCUCUUGCAGCGCGGAUCGCCAGGCGCUCGGCAAGAUUAACAAAGAUGGCGUGUGGUUGGAGGUACUGGAGAUGGAGCCGUCCAGGUUCCUGCCGGACGUGAAGGAGGAUGAGCUGCUUAAAACGCCGCCGGUCGAGGUGAAUCUGAACCGACCCAUGUCAGAGGUCCUUCAGGAGCUCUCCAAGCACCCCGUGAAAACCCGCCUCAGCCUCACAGGCACCAUCGUUGUGGCGCGCGACAGCGCCCAUGCCCGAAUGCGUGAGAUGCUAGAGGCUGGCAAGCCGCUGCCACAGUACAUGAAAGAUCACCCCGUGUACUACGCCGGCCCAGCGAAGACGCCCGACGGUCUUCCGUCCGGAUCCUUCGGCCCAACGACGGCUGGUCGCAUGGACCCCUUCGUCGACCUCUUUCAGUCGCUGGGCGGCUCGAUGGUGAUGCUCGCCAAGGGCAACCGCAGCAAGCACGUGACGGAGGCAUGCAAAAAGCACGGCGGCUUCUACCUCGGCAGCAUCGGCGGGCCGGCGGCUGUGUUAGCGCAGGAUGCGAUCAAAAAAGUGGAGUGCCUCGACAUGAAGGACCUCGGGAUGGAGGCGGUGUGGAAGAUCGAAGUGCAGAACUUCCCGGCCUUCAUCGUUGUCGAUGAUAAGGGCAACGACUUCUUCCAGCAGCUCUAG